AUGGCAACCACUCACAGGAGUGGUGCGUUGACGUUGGCAUUCAAUUAUUCUGGUGACGAACAAAGUAGGAUUCGGAAAGCAGUUCCAAAGUCGCUGCCAUCGCCAAAACCCGAAACGCUUUCUACUAAUUCCCACAAACAGGAGUCAGAAACGUCAGGAGCACCAGGCAGCGAACAAGAGAUUGUAACAACAACAACAACAACAACAACUCAACUCAACUUCUGGACUCGGAUUCUGAAGCAUCAUCGUGCCGAGGUUUAUUGA